AGGAUCCUAAACACGAGUCUCAUUUCAGGCCGCAUAUGGCGUGCCAUGAGGUAGUGUCAACCAGCGUUGCGCUUAACCUAAAAAUGGUCUACAGUCAUCGUUGUGUGCAACCUCAUUCUGCACGCGCCAACAUCGGCGCUGUGCCGCCUCCUAUUUCUGUUAAGCUGGGAUCACACAUCCGGGCGUUUGGACAAUUAUCGUCAAGUGCCAAAUCUCGCGAGAAAUACGAGGAACAUUGCAGUGAAUGGCCCUGCUAAUGGACAUUUCCAAGAUCGUUCCUGGGGAAGGCGCAAACGAUCGUGGCUUGGUCCUUGUGAGGGACAUGGACUCAAAGCAAUGGGCACCCCGAAAGCCCAGUCUCGGAAUUUGCAUAGGUGGUAACGUUGAUCUCUGAAAGGAUGUAAGUCCGUUUGGCUGACUGCCUUCGGAAUUGUCACGCAGCCAUCCCGCGCCACCCGAGGCAUUCAGCGAAUCAAGCACUACUAGGCUCAUGCAUCGCUUCGGCCGAGAUCUACAGCUUCAGACACGGGGGAGCGACAGCCAGGCCUUUAACAAGAACCUGCAGAGCAACGACAGCAUCGCAACAUGGCGUUUUGGCCCCUUGGUCAGCCACUCCCGACGGCUUAGACGCUCCUGUUGGACGUUAUGCGAUCUCCAGCGGUUCCAGACAACUGACAGCCAGCGAAAAAGAGCAUCAAGUAACAUUGACGAUGAGGGACAUUCGAGAUGGUGGACAUUGCAUUCUGUCAAUCAGACUAUCUCGAUGGCAUACAGACCUGAUGCAAGUCGUCUUUGCGACCGCAAGGCCAAUCGCCAUUCCCCUAGGCCUUCACCGCUACCAGUGGACGAACACGCGUCUCUUCCAAUGACAAUCCUCUACCGGAUUGGACCAGAAUCGAAACGAUUUGAUAAAGCCAAACCUUCCAUUCAUCGCGUGGCGUCGAGACCAAGUCCGAAUGCGGCGCUGUCCAGAGACCGCCAUCUGGUCAACUCGGCCGUAAAGGCUAGACGGCGCAAGAUUCUGGAUCUUUCCGAACAAACGUGAAAGCUCAACCUCUUGGCAGGGCUACAAUUUUCGGCGACUGAGCCGCUCCAAUGUUGAUUUGCUGGUGGUGCAAGGCCACAUGUAGAGGGUUCUUGUUGAGCUCACCAGACAAGCUACCGGGUAGUCACGGUAUCUCGAGGCAUCUUGAAGAGCUAAGUUGGCACGAGCUCCUGAUUCAAUCACCCGGUGGAUGUAUGCAUGUCAUUCUUUCGCUGGGUUUGCAGUCCGAGGAUGGAGGCUUAGCAUCGCAAGUAGGUAGUGAAAAUAAGAAUGAUUAAUGAUGAGAAUCCGGG